GCGUCCGGUGGGCGGAGAAGGAGGAGAAGGAAGGGGCGGCGUCGCCCCGCCUGCCGCCCGCGCCACGUCUCGGGAGAAGGAAGGGCGCCUGGGGCCGAGCCGAGCCGGGCAGCUACUCCAGAAAUUCUUCAGUUUGUCCAUCAUCAAGCGGGCUGAUAACGAAACCAAAUCGCUCGAUCUGCGAAUAAAUUGGUGCAGAAGCCCUAACGACAAUGUGCAGGAUGUUUUUUGGGCUCCCGGCGGUAUCGAUGGAGAAAAACUGGACUCGAUAGGUCGCUUGGGAAGUUCCACUGGAGGGAAUAUUUCCCCUUGGACUUUAAUAACUCCCAGUAGCCAUGGACUCUUCGGUGGUUAUUCAGGAAGCCAGCAAUGGUGCCCCGGUCAGUUCUGAACAGCAACCAGACCGCCCGGAGGUCAAAUCGAAGCGGACAAUGGAAAGAGAGGAUCUUAACGUGCUUAGUGUAAAUAACGGUGGAGCGCCAUCCGAAGGGGACACUGUAGCCCUCAAGAGCAGCCGAGGUCCUUGCGCGAACGGACCGACGUCUUACGACCCCGAACAGCCCGUGCCUUUGGGCCCCACUGAAAGCUCCCUGGGGAAAGAACCCGCUUCAGGUGCGCCUGGUUUCCAUGAGCACCUAAAGGCGUCUCGGGGCGGUAGUGAUGAGAGCUUAGCACUUAGGAAGGACACCCUGCAGUCUCUCAAACUAAGCCUCCCUUUGCAAGAAACUGAAUUGUGCUCAGCCGAUGCUCCUCUCCCGCUGGAGAAGGAAGAACUGAUCCGGCUCCAGGCCCGGAAGCGCCUGGAAGAGCAGCUCAAGCAGUAUCGCGUCAAGAGGCAUCAGGAGAGACUGUUUACAGCUAAAAGCCGCCCCUCCAGCACCCUGGAUCCCGAGCUGAUGUGGAAUCCGGAGAUCUUACCGAGGGCCAGCCCCGUGACCAUGACCAAAGAAUACUCCUUUUUGCGAACCAGUGUCCCGCGAGGACCGAAAGUGGGGAGUUUGGGCCUCCCAGCUUCCUUGAAAGAGAAAAAAAAUUCCAGAUCUUCCAGAACAAGCCGGAUCCGGUCGCUGGCAGAUUAUCGAACGGAAAACCCAGACGGAAGUGCCAGUGGGACAGUCCCGGUGUCCGAUUCCUCGGGUGGGUCUCUGAAACAGAACUCAAACAGCCUGACCUCGGUUGUGUCUUCCAUCAGCCUGACCCCCGAUUCAGAUGACCGGCUGGAAACUUUGUCCUUGGCGGGAGACAGCGUGUCAGAAAUGGAUGGCAGCGAAGCGGGAAUGAGGCUGGAUGGCAACGAAAGCGACAGCUCGACCUACAGCAGCGUGUCAGGAAGAGGCCUCACUUCCUCCAGCCCCAAAAGCAAGCCGGGUAUGGCCUUCACCAUCAACGGACAAGAGGUCCCGUUAGAUGCUGUUGGACAGUUCCCUUCCAUCAGGGAGGUUCUGCAGGCUGCCGCAACAGAGCAACGGGCUCAGGAACAGGAACAGGAAGUCAACGGGGAAGCCAGAAGCCGGCGGGACAGUAUUUCUAGCAGCAUAUCCAUGGAAAGUUCAGUCGCAGGAACCCACGAUGAGCUGCUCCAAGUCCUCAAAGAGAAGAUGAGGCUUGAAGGACAAUUGGAGGCACUGUCAUUAGAAGCCAACGAGGCCCUCAAAGAAAAAGCAGAAUUGCAAGCCCAGCUGGCUGCAGUCCAGAUGAAACUCCAAACCCACAUGGAGCAUUCACAGACCAGCCAGCAGAAGCAGGACUCCCUGAAUUCAGAGGUGGCUACCUUGAAGCAGUCCUGCUGGGACCUGGAACGUGCCAUGGCUGAGCUACAAACCACCUUGGAGGCCAAGAACGCUGGCUUGGUUGCUUCCCAUAAUGACCUGCAGUUGGCAGAAGAACAGUACCAGAGACUGAUGGGGAAGGUGGAGGACUUGCAGAAGAAUGUCCUCGGCAAGGAUAGCAUGGUUCAUGAUCUCCGGCAGCAGCUCUCCUCGUUACAAAGCCAACUCCAGCAGGUCGAGCUGGACCGCGCGUCCUUGACCGGUAAGCUGAAGUCAUCGCAGGCAGAGAUCGCAUCCCUGCAGAAAGUUCGGCACUGGUACCAACAACAGCUGACUGUGGCUCAACAAGCGAGGAUUCGUCUGCAGAGCGAUAUGGCCAACGUAAAGGCUGGACAGAUGACUCAAGUCGGCCUGCUGGAACAUCUGAAAUUAGAGAACGUAACCCUGUCCCAUCAAUUAACAGAGACGCAGCAUCGAUCGAUCAAAGAGAAGGAACGCAUCGCCGCACAGUUGCAAAACAUCGAGGCUGACAUGUUAGACCAGGAAGCAGCCUUUCUGCAGAUCCAGGAGGCUAAGAGUAUGAUAGAAGACGACUUGCAGAGGAAACUGGAGGAGUUUGAGGACGAGAAAGAACAGCUUCAGAAGAUGGCUGAUUCGGCAGCAUCAUUGGAACAGGAACUAGAAAAGGUCAAACUAACGCUUCAACAGCGAGACGUCCAGGUGGAGACCCUGCAGCAGGAACAGCUGGAUCUCAUGAGACAAUUGACCUCCGCCCAAGAGACGUUACAGACCCGAGACCAAACUGUGGGUGAGCUUCAGGUGCGCUAUGACGAACUGGAGGCCAGGUUGGCUGAACUGCAAGGAGAGGCCGCCUCGAAGGACGACUCCAUCCGCUAUUUGCAGAACGAGAAGAUCGUCUUAGAGGUUGCCCUGCAGGUGGCAAAGGCAGGACAAGAAGGACUCGAAGAGUCCAUCCAGCAUUUGGGAGGCCACACCGAGGCGGCCUCAGAUGUUUUGGAGCAGCUCAAGCAAGACGUAGCCAUCAAAUCAAGUCAGGUGGAAAACCUGCAACAGGAAAGUGCAAAUCUGAAGAAGCAAACCCAGAAAGUGAAGGAACAGUAUCUUCAACAGAAGGUGAUGGUUGAAGCCUACCGCCGAGACGCGCUUUCCAAAGACCAGCUAAUCAGCGAACUGAAGUCCACAAAGAAGAAGCUGGAUGCCGAAAUCAAAGAGCUAAGGCGACAAUUCCUUCAGCUUCAGGGUGAGAAGAAAUCCACGGAGCUGGAGAACUCCAAGCUGGCGAAGGAUCUGACGCAGAUUCAGCAGCAGAUGGAGGAACUGGAGAGCCAACUCCAGCUGGCCCAGAAAGAACGAAACGACAUGGAGAUGGAGCUACAGUCUUUGAGGUUUGACCAAGAACAGAUGUCGGCUCUUGUCAAAGUAAACGAAGACUUAAAACGACAAGUGGACGAAAUGCAACAAGAAACAAAGCUGGCCAUUACCGAACAGAAGCAGAAAAUGAAGAGGCUGGGUUCCGAUCUGAGCACGGCCCAGAAGGAGAUGAAGGCCAAGCACAAAGCGUAUGAGAACGCCGUUGGCGUCCUCAGCCGGCGCCUUCAGGAGGCCCUUGCUGCCAAGGAGUCGUCCGAAGCUGAGCUGAAUGAACUCAAGGCCCAGUUUUCCGAGAGCGAAAAUAACCACGCUAGCCUGGAAAAGAUCCGGACGCUGGAGGCGGAAUUGCAGUCUCUCACCCACAGUAAGACGGUUCUCGAGAAGGAGCUUCAAGAAGUCAUCUCGCUCACCAGCCAAGAACUGGAAGAAUACCGAGAGAAGGUCCUUGAGCUUGAAGAUGAGCUUCAAGAAGCAAGAGGGUUCCGGAGGAAGAUCAAGCGCCUGGAAGAGGCCAACAAGAAGCUUUCGCUUGAACUAGAACACGAGCGGGGAAAACUCACCGGCCUUGGCCAGUCCAACGCGGCUCUGCGAGAGCACAACCGCAUCCUUGAAGCGGCUCUGGCCAAGAGAGAGGCGGAUUUGGUGCAAUUGAAUCUCCAGGUCCAGGCGGUUCUAAGGAGCAAAGAAGAAGAAGAUCAAAAGAUGAAGCAGUUGAUUCAGACUUUGCAAAUGGCUUUGGAGAAAGAAAAAGCCAACGUUCUCAGUCUUAAGGAACAGGUUACGACGACAAAAGCAGAGUCGGCACACAACCGUCGGCAUUAUAAAGCUGCUGCCCUGGAACUUGGCGAGGUCAAGCGAGAGCUGCAAGCCAAAGAAGUCCUGAUCGAGGCUCUCCAGGCUGAAGUCGACAAGUUGCAGGCAGAAGAUGGAAAGCACUCCGAGGAAGUCUCUCAGAUCCAGCGAGAGCUUGUAGAUGCUCGGUCCCAGCUUCAGCUUCUGCAGAAGCAGCUGGAUGAUCAACUGGACAAGCAACCUGUGGAAAACCAAGAGCUGGAAGACCUCAAAUGGGAAGUUGAACAGAAAGAGAGGGAACUCCAGACUCUGAAGCAACAGCUGGAUUUGACCGAGCAACGCAGUCAGAAGGAGUUGGAAGGCGUGCAGUUAGUUCUCCAGAACCUCAAGACAGAAUUGGAGAUGGUUCGGGACGAUUUAUCUAUCACUCAGAAAGAUAAAUUCAUGCUCCAAGCGAAAAUGUCUGAACUGAAGAACAGCAUCAAGACUCUGCUUCAACAGAACCAGCAGCUGAAGCUGGAUUUGAAACAGGGGAAAAUGAAAAAGAAGAAACUCAAGGGGGAGACCAGUUCGAAUCCGGUGACCCCGGUGAAGAUUCCCGAUUGUCCUGUCCCAGCUGCUUUGCUAGAAGAGCUGCUGAAACCCUCAUCAGCCGUGAGUAAAGAGCCCCUGAGGAACCUCAACAGCUGCCUCCAGCAACUCCGGCAAGAGAUGGACAGCCUGCAGCGCCAAAUGGAAGAGCACACCGUGACGGUCCACGAAUCGAUGUCUUCCUGGACGCAGAUCGAAGGCCAGUGGACGGACCUCACUAGUAACCUCUCUGUAACUCUGUUAUCUAAUGAGAGCCUUCCUCACAGAGACCUCCAGGAUCAUAAGCCAAGCACGGACGCCGAGGAAGAGUUGGCCCAGUGAUCCCCAAGGCCCACGGAUUUCCCGUCAGAACUGCUUUAAGUAGGUUUAAAAAAAAGAGAGAGAGAGAUAAAGUAUUUAUCAAAACCCCUAUUUAUAUUUUGUUCUUAAGCCUUUUAGAGUCCUCGGUCUACGGUUCGUUUUAGCAAACGGGGGGAAAAAAUGUGAAGGCCAUGGCUUGAUCCGACCUUUGUUCGUCGUACUUGAACAGAGGUAGAGAUGGUGGGCUGGAACAGAGGGAUGCGAGGUUUGCCGUGUUAAAAUUUUGAGAACCGAGGAUUCGAAUUAGGAUGGCUGCAGAGAGAAGACAAAACAGGGUCCCUUUUAGUUCCCACUUUUUUUAAAAAAUAUUUGCUAAACUCGUUCGGUGACGGUUCAAUCCGCUUCAAGCUUGGGAAUUCCGUGACUGUUACGCCACCAAAUCCAGUAUUUUUAUGAUCGUAUCUUUGAUUCAUAUUCCGACAAAUCAAGCAACCAAAUUGUUCGUCUCGAAAACCGCAGCGAAGCCGUUUCCAAUGGCGUCGAUUGAUUUGGCUCCCAAGCAAAUAAUUUUCCCAGUAAAAUGUUCUGACAGAUGCUGUUUGCACAUUUGUGUUGUUUGUCUUUGCAGACAUCUGCAGGACAAGAGUUGUGGGUGAUGUUGCUUUGUUGUGGAGCCUCUUAUAUAUAUACACACAUAUAUAUAUAUAUAUAUUGGUCUUACUAAGGUGACUUCUUAAGUUUUGGUGUCCUGCAAAACGUGUUGUGGAUACGGGCCCGAGAAAACUAAAACCAGAGCUUUUUAGAUAUUUAAUUAAUUCACGUAUUUAUCUUCCAAUUGUAUUCUGCCUAUAAAAUCCUAGUUUCUUAGCUUUAAUGCCAUCCCCUACCCCGUGGCUUCUUCCUGAGACUUAAACCAGGAGCCAGAACUCAUGUCCUUUUUUGCAAAGGCAUCUUCAUUUAUAAUUAAUCUGUUGAAAUAAUAGGGUUGUUUGUUUUUUUUUAAAUUGUUUCUCAACAACUGACAGCACCUUUUUGUGCUCUGGGUGGAAACACAGAAUUUUUACCCUGGCCAAAUUGCACUGUAGGAUAUGCCAGGAAAUAAAAGGAAGUGUGAACGGAGGACAAAAAUGUAGGAAGUAUUGUGAUCUUGGCUGGAAGUUAGGUGAGAAUCAGGUGAGGGAUCUCAGCAGAUACAAUUGUGAAAUCAGCAACUGUGAGUCUCAUCCUGUGUUCAUGCACAUCAUAUUUACGGGAGCAUACCAGGCUUCCCCUAAAAUGCCACACCGAUCUAGUGUCCUCUGUCACCUAACCUUAGUCGAAUCUUAUUUUAUGAACCUGAUUGAGGACUUCGGAUCUUUAAUGAGCUGUAUCCUAACUGAAGAUGAUCACAGCACAUAACUGUCAUGGCGGGAAGUCUCAAAUGAAGAAAACGAGAAGGUAAAUGAUGUUUGGAGAACAGAGAGGAAAGAGAGAAAGAGGAAAAGCAAAGGAAAAACUGGUUCCCAGGGCUAAACCUCAAGUUUAGAUAACUUCACGGAGUGUUAAACUCCGUUAAACGUGAUGAAGGAAAUUUCGAAGCAGGACCUGACAGAUGGACACAAUCUAUAAAUUAAAUUUGUUUCAACAGUCUGACCAAAGAAAGCUCCCAACUGUGAGUGGUGUGGAUUGAUUGAAUGCGGAAGGAAUGUUUUUUCCCCCCAGUAUUUGUAGAAAUGUCACUCUGAUUUUCCUGUUAAAGCCAAGACAUUUUUUCUCUCUCUAGGUAUUCUGCUUUUUUUCAGAACAGAUGCACACUUUGAUUGCUCAGCUCUUUUUUCCAACCUGAGUUUCAAUAUUUUUAAUAUUCUGAUUCUGAAAGUUCUGUGAGGCAUUUUUUAAUUUUUAUUUUCAUUUCAUACAUGAAGGAAAGGUGGUUUUUUAAAAUUGAAAGCUUUCUAAAUUUGGAGGGGAAGGAAUCUCAAAAUAUACUUAACUAUUUGACAAGACUAAUCCAAAAUUAUCAAGACACCAUCUUGAAGGCUUAAUGGGUCAAUUUAGACAGGUGGUAACUUUUAUUAUAAAGUUGGUUUUAUACAGUAAAAUAGCAAUGAUGUUUUUUUUUUGCCGCUCAUAUCUGUGAAGCUUAUGUAUCUGCUAAUGUAAGCGAGAAAUACGGUAGUAUUUAAACACCAAAGUUAAUAUUACAUAAUGAAUAAUAUGUAUAUGAUCACUUCCAGACUUUGCUGUUCCACUUAGUUCUUUGCAUUUCACAAGUUUUGAUUUACCCAUGAAGAUUUUUCUGAGCAUCCUAUCAACAGUCACAGCUGAAUGCAAUGUACGUAUUAUAAAAUCAGAUUUUUUUUUUUAAAAAAAAAUACUCCUUCAACAAUUUGGGGAAGGUGAAGGGACAAGAACAAGAAUAGAGAGAAAACGCCAUUGUGAACUAAAUGAAAAAAUCCAUUUCUCCCGCUUCCCUUUUCCAGACCAUCUUAUUUAUAUUUCCCGUGAAUUGUCAUUUUGGCUGGGAAAGAAGUGUUAAGUUUGGGAAUCCCUGACUCAGCAAAUUUCCUCCCCCAAAAAUAUUUAGUGUCAGUCUCUCUUUUUUAAAAAAAGUGCUGUCAUUUAAUUCAUGCUUCAAGAAACCAGGGCUUUCUGUUUAUAUUUUCAGAUUAGCCAAGAUCUAUAAAUCAUUCGGACUGGUCCCUUGGUUUUUUUAAAAAAAUAUUCAAAAUAAAUAAUAGAGCCUUUAUGGUUACUUGCAUUUUUUUAAAAAAAUAUAUCUGUUUAUUCAUCUCUGGAAGCUAGAUGUGACUGUUAAGUGUUUUUCUGUAUAUUAGCAGACGGUGAUUCCGAAGGUUUAAAUCUGUCAUUGUUCAUAGCAAAUUUCUUGCAGUGCAACAAUAUGGUGAAUAUUAAUUCACCUUACAGUCUUCCAGGUUAUUUGGAGACUUCAUCGGUUUCGUUUUCCAAUCAGGCAGUCCUUGUCUCAUUCUACCUGGAAAAAAAAAUUCUGCUUGAAAGAAAAAUACUUCUCCAGAGAGAAGCAGACUUUGAAAGAUGCUUUGGGAAAACUGGCCCUUCUCUAUAUCAGAACUGUAAUUUUUAUUUUGGGGUGUGUGUGUGUGUAAGCAGCUGCACUAAGCGAAAAGGGAGCACUGAUGCUAGAUGUCAUCUUUACAAACCAAAUUAGGUCACUGACAUUUCGAGUGACCGCUACAUAAUAAAAGUAGAAAGUUGCCUUAAUUUAGAAAGUGAACUCUGGUCAAACUGUCCCAUUUAUAAUGAGGAUCUGUUUCAAAGUAGUGUUUUUCUCCCUCUUGCUUGAAAACGCAGAAUGCUUACCCUCGGAGAUGGAAAAAAAAUUUUUAGAUUCUUAGUCAUAGGAAUCCUUUCUGUAACAAUAGCCACGCAGAGCAUUCCUUUCCAAAAAGAGAAUCUUAUGCAUAUCAGUUUCUCACAUGUUUUCUUGUUCCCGGCAAAUGGUCGUCUGAUUCUAUUUAAUGAGGAGGGGGAGGGGGAAAUGUCAUUUUCAUAACAUGUUUGAGUGAGUGUUCCAAAAGAAGAGUUAGAUGUGUUUGAUUAAAGAGUAAUAAUUGUGCUUUUAAAAAAAAACAGGGCAUGUUAAUUUAAGAAAAAUCUUUAAGAUACGCUAAACAUCCUUGAAAGGUUUUGUGCAAUAAACUAUUUUUCAUUAAAAAAAA